GUGGUGGCCCCCUGCGUUGGCGGCACUGUGACGAUUUCAGCUGACCUAGAAUUGGAUUGCGCCAGCCGUUCUGCAAAAAAAAAAAUAAGUAUGAAGCUGUACCUAUUAUUGCGAUAAAUUAAUAAAUAAUAUCGUCUAGCCCGUUACAACGUACGUGUAGUGAUACCGCAGUGUUUACCUGAACCGCACUCUGAUUAUGUCGGCGGUCUCGUGUGCGGACGUAUGUACUGCUGAUGUUCCUGCUGUGCGUUUUAUCGUUACGGAACAAGUAACGUCAUUUCACUAGUACUGCGGCACCACCCUGUGUGAUAUACGCUCGCCUGCAUGCGAGGUAAAUCCCUUUGUGAACUCGUUGUGUUCCAGGUGUAUUGUUGAGUCAUGAGCAUCACGAUGGAACAGAACGGGGUCUUCGAUCCCGCUUUGGCCGGCCUGUUGGAGUCGUUAGUCGGAUCGCGGGAUGCCAUCUCCGCGUCUAAAGAAGAACUGGACUUCUUGUCCAAUCUAUUGCAAAGCAAAGAACUACAUGCUCUGUUCAAGGUGUACAACUCCAUUGUUGAUCGGGUGCAUGAUGAUCGUCGAUGCUCGCCUGUGCUGUCAAGUUCCAUGCAAAUCACUCUGGAUGUUAUGGAAGUCUUAUUGCCUAGAAUUUCUCUUAGCGAUACAUCCAGGCAACUCUUCCAACUAUUGCAGAACCCUCACAUACAGGGGCUUUUGUGUGCACAUGAUGCGGUAGCUCAAAAAGACUACUUGCCUCGAUUGCCUGAAAUUCCCCAAGAAAUGGAUGAGGAUGAAGAGACAAUUAAGAUUGUACAAUUGGUCAAAAGCACUGAACCAUUGGAUGGGGAGCCUGAUUCAGCCGAACCAAUUGUGGGUGCUACAAUUAAAACUGAUGAAGAAAAUGGAAAAAUAAUCAUUGCAAGAGUGAUGCAUGGUGGUGCUGCUGAUCGUUCUGGUUUGAUAAAUGUUGGUGAUGAAGUAUGUGAAGUAAAUGGAAUCAACGUUGAAGGAAAAUCUCCAGCUGAUGUAUUACAGAUAUUGCAACAUUCUGAAGGAACAAUAACAUUCAAGUUGAUUCCUGCCGAUCCAAAAAGUGGAGCUCGUGAAAGCAAAAUGAAAGUGAGAGCCCAUUUUGAUUUUAAUACUGAUGUUGAUCCUUACAUUCCAUGCAAAGAAGCUGGCUUAAGUUUCAGCAAAGGAGAAGUAUUACACAUUGUUAGUCAGGAUGAUCCUUAUUGGUGGCAAGCUCGAAAAGAAGGUGAUCGCAAUAUGAGAGCUGGACUAAUACCUAGUAAAGCUCUUCAAGAACGUAAAAUAAUUCAUGAAAGAUUGUCUAUGGCUGAUCAAAAAAAGAAAUGGGUCAUGGAUACCAUUAAUGGGGGUUGUAUUGGUGGGGGCGGAAUGACAUGUUUGCCAGACCGUUCAAUAGCCAAGGACCCAUUAUGUGGGUCACUGGCUGCUCUGAACGAUCUAGGUGAAGACAUGGCGUCCGAAUGUUUGGUACGCACACGUGUUAAAAAGGUUAUCUAUGACGCAGCUGAAAGUGAUGAUUAUGACCGAGAAGAUAUUGCUACAUAUGAAGAAGUGGUAAAGCUGUAUCCCAGACCUGAAUUUCCUCGACCAAUUGUCUUGAUUGGUCCACCUGGUGUUGGCAGAAACGAGUUGAAGAGACGUAUUAUGGAAUUAAAUCCAGACAAAUAUCAUACACCUGUACCUCAUACAUCAAGGUCUCCUAGACCUGGAGAAGUGAAUGGCAAAGAAUAUAAUUUUGUCUCGAGAGAAUUGAUGGAAGAACAAAUAGCUCGUGGUGAAUUUUUAGAAUUUGGUGAAUACAAAGGCAAUCUUUACGGCACAUCUUUAGAAAGUGUUAAAUCAAUCAUACGUUCUGGACUUACAUGUAUAAUAAAUCCACAUUAUCAGGCAUUAAAAAUGUUACGGACACCUGAUAUAAAACCUUAUAUUAUAUAUAUUAAGCCACCACCAUUUGAUGUAUUAAAAUCAACUAGAAAUGGUGCAUUUGCAAUGUCAACUUUUGAUGAAACAAAUUCUAGAGGUUUUACUGAUGAUGAGUUCAAUGAAAUUCUGAGAAGUUCCAAACGAAUAGAAUUCCUUUAUGACCAUUGGUUUGAUGAAAUAAUAGUAAAUGAUGAUUUUAAGUUGGCUCUGGAACAGUUGUUAGAAGCUGAUCAUAAAUUAAAAACUGAACCAUUAUGGGCACCUGCUUCUUGGCUACAUUAUGUGCGAAACUAGUCAGUUACCUAUUCUCAACCCGCCACCAAAACAGUAUUUAUACAUAUUCAAUAGAACACAACCAAGGACUUCGACCAAUAAUAAAAUUAAAUAAUCGAUAGUUUUGUUCUGAAUUUGAAUGAAUUUAGUUUUAUUAUUUUAUUAGUUUUAAAAUUAUUAUGAUAGUUAAAAAGCAAUGGAAUAGGAUUACAUACAUUUUUUUAACAAAAUUUAUUUAUGCUUAUAGAAAGAAUGUUAAAUAAUUUCAUAAUUUUAAAAUAAUAGGCUAUUUACGGUUGUGAAAUUUAAUUUAGAUGAUAACUAAUCUAUUUUUACCCAUUUCUAGUCAAUAAUUUUUAAAAAUCUUACAUUUGUUGAGAUUUUAUUAGUAAGUUUUAGAUUUUAUAAAAAUUAUUACAAAUUUUUUUUCUGAAACUAUCAUUAUUUAGUAUUGGCAUUAUGCCAAUUUUCUUUUAAGUGUAUUUUGUUUUGAAAUAAGUUUAUUAUUGCCAAAUAGAAUUUACUUAUUGCGUGACUCAGAAUCAACACUGCGUUACUAUCAUUGAGAAAUGUUGAUACACGCUGUAAGUUACUAUAGAUAAUAUUUUAUGUAUGAUGUUAUUAUUUUUGUAUUUUGUUCAUAGGUCUUAAUGUUAUGCCAAUGGAACAAAUAUCUGUAUUUAUUUUUAAAUUUUAAAGAAUUGAGUUAUAAAAUUGAUCUACCGCCUAAUGCAAAGUUACAAAAUUAUGUAUUAUUUAUCAAUUAAUUCUAAUGAUGAAAUACAUUAAUAUAUUAGGGUACAUUCGUUGAAUAAUUGUGUUAUUGUAACUAUUUUUUCUCUAUAAUUAUAAAAAAAAUUUAAAAAAUGUUUAAUAGUUUAUAAAGCG